CCCACCCAUCCACUCCCAACUUUGGCACCACCUAUAAAGAAGCCCCAGUCUUCCUAUGAAAAUUCAUGGUCUAUUUCUACAGAAGGUUUUCAUCAUGCUAUCGAAUCCUUGACCGUAUACAAGUUUGAUGAAAAGGCCACUGGGUUCUUCAGGGAAGCUAACAGAAUCAAGGGCUCUGUCUACCGGGGAUCCUUUAAGGGUGAUACUGCUGCUGUUAAGGUCAUGAAAGGGGACGUUUCGAGCGAGAUCAACUUGCUGACGCGCAUCAACCACAGUAACAUCAUCAGGCUAUCUGGUUUCUGCGUACACGGAGGGAGCACUUACCUUGUUUACGAGCAUGCAAAAAAUGGGUCCCUCAACGAUUGGCUUCAAUCAAACAAGCUUCAAAAUAAUUCCCCUUUAACAUGGAAGCAGAGGUUCAGGUUGCCUAUUGUGGCCGAUGCUCUCAACUACCUCCAUAACUAUGCCAACCAGGGGCGGUAUCAGAAGGAAGAAAAAUGCAGAACACAUAUUGUUCUCCGUAAAAAUGAUUUCCUCACAUUAUAUAUUCAGUAUCAAGUAUGCCUUUAUAUAGGCAGUCGGUUACAAGCAGAGCAUAAUAGUAAUUACACAGGAAAGAAUAAAAGUUUGUUACAAUAGGCUGUACAACAAACACGUAUAACAGAUUAUUCUUUUACUGGAGUAUUCCUAAAGAUUCUGCCGUGGAGCUUUUCAUUUUAUUUCCUUCUUGUGCUGUAUUUUUGGCACUUAGGUUAAUAGGUGGAACUAUGUUGUAGGUUGGGGGGCGGUAAAUUUUAAAAAUUAGUCUUAUAUA